AUCAAUAUUGUCAACCUCUGCAACUAUAUCCCUUGAUCUACACAAGAUUUGAAUACCAUCAGACGCAAUGCCGCAACAAUGGGAGCUCGCCAAGUGCUCGGAGGGGACACUCUACGUGAAGCAGUCCUCGGCCGUUGCCCAAUCUGCACCGCCUCGCCCGGUCCAAUUCUCAGCUCAAGGCCGCAAUUCCAGCCUUCAAUACGCUGGGCCUGAUGGUAGUAGACACACUGCCAGAGCGCUCGAGAUCGCCAGUUACGUGGUUCGAAAGUAAACUCAAGGCGCGCCUGCCAACCACAAAGAUAUGGGGGUAGUGGAGUUUCGGGUUUGUUAGAGGUCUG